AUGGUGCCAGGAGGGUUACGUCCCAAACCGGUAGGAGAAGAAUCCGAAGAGACAACGAACGCAAACUCCAUUUCUCCCUCGCAAAGUCCCCAGCAGACGUCCCUCUCCAUGCUCCACCAGGUCCUCGCUUCCCCGACGAAGUCCCGUAUACCCCCCACCCCCAGGAGACCAUCUCGACCCCUCCCCCCCUUGCCACCCUUGCCCUUCGUCGCCAAAGACCCGCUGAGUGGCAUCGGGUAUCGGAGGACCUCGUCGCUAGAUCUGCGUGGCCGGUCCGAUCCGCCGACGUCGGGGAAAGAGAACGAAGGGACGUCCGUGUCGCAAGCUGAUGUCAAGACGAUGCUUCCCACACGGGCGAGUAGUCAGAGGGAGUUGCGGGCUGUGGGAUGUCGCUCGUCCUGUGGUAAGAUGGAUAUAACUACUUUUACUAGGGAUAUAACUACUUUUACUAGGGAUAUAACUACUUUUACUAGGGAUAUAACUACUUUUACUAGGGAUAUAACUACUUUUACUAGGGAUAUAACUACUUUUACUAGGGAUAUAACUACUUUUACUAGGGAUAUAACUACUUUUACUAGGGAUAUAACUACUUUUACUAGGGAUAUAACUACUUUUACUAGGGUUAUAACUACUUUUACUAGGAAUAUAACUGUCAUUGUUACUAUUUGCAUUACUAUGAACGCCCGAGAGAACCGUAGAGUCGAGAGCACGCAGGAUUCCCCAGUCCUCACCUCGAACCCUGCCUAUCGCUCCCUCCCUCCUGCACGAGUGUCCUGCGCUCAGCUAGAGAGUUCCGGACGUCCUUCCAUGCCACCUCCAAAGCCGCCGCGCACCUUCGCCGCCGCCCACCCGAUCCCGCCCAGUUCUCGGGCAUCCCAGGCGGUUCAGGACAAGCCCCCUCUGCCCCCGAGAACGCCCGUGUUCAAGCUGCCUCCCACGCCCACCGCCGUAUCGCAGUCCCGCCCAAAGAACGCCCUCCCUCUGCCGCCGCGAUCGCUCGUCUGGUCGCACGCCCAUCGCGACCCUACGCGUCCGCCACUGCCACCGGGAGGAGCGAAAGGCCACCCACGCCCGCCACCUCCUCUUCCUCCUUCUGCGUUUGCUCGGGCCAGGUCUCCCUCCUCGUCCUCUCCUCCGUUACCUCCUCCAGCCGCUCGCUCUCCAUCCCAGCCCCUUCGCCAUCUAUCGGCCUCCUCCUCCGACUUACGAGCCUGUGCCCCUCCGAACGACGCCCCUUCCCCCCUCCCUUCGCCCGGAGGUUCGCGCCCAGCCACCCUGCCGAGGUGGGCUUCGCUGCUCCUCCCAGGGACCCGACAAUCUGCAGCCAAGAAGGAUUCGGAAGCCUCCCCUAACAACCAGAGACGAAGAGAACCUCGAGGCUCGCCCGACCCUGAGGAAAGAAGAUCGCGUCCUACCACAGGCAGUGCCAGGGGGUUGGCGCGGUGGCCUUCAGCCCCUCCUGCAGGAAGAGCUCCUUCGUCAGCCCCGAAGCCUACGGUCACAUCCUACACGCUCAUGGUGUACACGGACGACUCCACAACGCCGCCAACGACCUCGAUCUUCCUGGGACCACCUGUGACGAGGCGAUGA